UCUGCCUUCCCCCGGGGCAAAGGGUCCCAGCCUCUUUCUCUUCAGACCCAAGGUCUUCGCCUGGUGCUUCCGGGGACACCCAGGGUCAUCAGGGCCUGAGUCCAUCCCAGGGAGCAGUGAGGGCUCCCUGAGUCUUGGGGCACCAUUCUGUUGCUAAUCUAGAGUUUUUCUUCUGAGACAUGGAGUCCUUCCCCCUUCACGAGCUUUGGAAGCUUUGGAAGACCUCACCGGUAACAACGAGGGUGGCUGGCGUGUGGGAUGCUUCUCCCCCAGUUGUGUGACGGGGGCAGGACGGCCUCUCCCAGGCACUUGUUCACCUCUCUGGGGCAGAGAAGGGCCUCUGAGCUCCUCUGGUAAAGCCCCACACCCGGCCCACACGAGGAGAGGCCGAGCGGCUUGCUCAACGUCACAGCUAUUGGCAGGGCGUGGGCCGUGAACCUGACAAGAGCUUCUUGUUGUUCAGCCCCAGGAUGGUGUCCCGCAAGGCCGUGGCUGUCCUGCUGAUGGUGCACGGGGCCAUCAUGCUGGCCUCCCAGACGGAAGCCUUCGUUCCCAUCUUCACCCACAGCGAGCUCCAGAGGAUUCGGGAAAAGGAGCGGAACAAAGGGCAAAAGAAAUCCCUGAUUGUACAGCAGAGGUCCGAGGAAGUGGGCCCUCUGGACCCUGUGGAGCCCACAGAGGAAGAAGAAAACGAAGUUAUCAAGCUGACUGCUUCUGUGGCAACUGGAACGAGGAUGAACUCCAGGCAGCUGGAAAAGCACCGGGCCGCCCUGGAAGGGCUGCUGAGUGAGGUGCUUCUGCCUGCCCGGAACGACAAAUGACAGCCCGCUCCAGGGGAAGGUGGAUGAAACUGGGAGUGCCCUCCCACCUGAGGGAGACCCCGGAAUCUGCAUGCCCCACAGCCGGGCUCCAAAGGAAAAUACUCUCCCAAGCAAGCCCCCCUCCGGCAA